GAAGCCUACGUGCAGAAGCUGGUGAAAGUAUGCACAGACCUGGACCGCUGGAGCCUCAUCUCACUGUCUAACAAGAGCAGUAAGAACGUGGAACCCAAGUUUGUGGACUCUGUGAGGCGCCAGUGCAAAUUCAGCGUCGACUCCUUCCAGAUCAUCCUGGACUUGCUGCUCCUCUUUGGCCAAUGCUCAUCCACACCAAUGUCGCAGGCCUUCCACCCUACUGUGACCGGCGAGAGCCUCUAUGGGGUCUUUGCUGAGGCCUUGGAGCACCUGCAGCACCAAGUCAUUGCCACACACAGCCCCGAGGAGAUCCGAGGUGGUGGCCUGCUCAAGUACUGCCACCUACUGGUACGGGGCUUCCUGCCAAGGCCCAGCACUGACGUCAGCCCCCUACAUGUGUUCGCGUUUCUUCAUCGACUUUUCUUCAUCGACUUUUCGGAAUUCGUGGAACAGAGGCGCAUUCUGGGGCGCUACCUGGAGGCCCACUUCGGCGGAGCAGAAGCAGCCCGAGGGUAUGUUUGCCUCGUGACACUGCCCCAGGUGGUCAACAAAAGCACUGUGUGCCUCAUGAGCCUUGAGCGCUGCCAGACCCUGAACCUUAUUGCUAGGCUUGCCCUCCAGGCACUGGCUGAACAGGGCCCUGCUGCCAAGGCUGCCCUGGCCUGGCGACGUCCUGGCUCAGAUGGGGUUGUGCCAGCCACUGUUAAUUACUACGUGACCCCCAUGCAGCCUCUGCUGCCCCGAACUCACUCCUAG